AAUGAAUCCAAAUCGGACGAUUCCUCUCGCAGUGGCUUCUGAGAUAAACCUGUUCUUUUUUAAGCUCUGCGCGAUACGUAUCCCUCAAUCCUUUCCACUUGGCUUUUAAAAUAGGCUCUAACCAAAGAAAGUAGUUUGUCACUUGUUAGAAAAUGAUUUUAUUUCGUAGUCAAUGUAUUUUUUAUCUAUUUACGACUACAUUUUUAUUAAAUUCAAGAACACAAAUUACAAUUUGUAUAAUUUGUAUAACUUUUAACUGAUCAAAAUAAAAAAUGAAAUAUCGACAUCAGAUGCUAGUGUGUGUAUAUAUACAUAUACCUAUCAGAUUGAUAACAAAGAACAUUUUCAGAUUAGGUUAGGUUAAGUUUCCCAUCGCAUCAUCCACAAACGCGCAGUCAUAAGAGCACAUGCAAUUGAUUUACCUUAAAGUUUUUUUUGAUAAAUAACUAAUUCUUGAAGUAAUAAAAAGAGUUUUAAUAAAAGACGUAGGCAAAUUGGAAAAAACCAAAAUUAUAUCAGUAAGUUGUAUUUGUUUCUAAACGUACAAGUUAUAACCAAUCUUUUGUUGCCAUUAAUGCAUCAAGUGUGUAAACAAUUGAAACAAUGGAUUCGCCAAAUCUCCUGAUCUGAUCGAUCGAAUCUUGUUUUCUUAUAAAUAGACAAAUAUUCAGAAUACUGACUCGAGAUCAUGGUUUAUAAACUACCAGAAUCAGAAUUGAUUGCGCAAGGAGCUGAAGCUCGUCUGUACAAAGGAGUUUAUCUUGGCAAAUUAACGCUGAUAAAAGAGAGAUUCGAGAAAAAAUACAGACAUUCAGAUUUGGAUGCGCGAUUGACGAAGGAAAGAAUAAAAGCUGAAGCACGUGCUAUUGUUCGUGCUAAAUCAGCAGGAGUUGGAACGCCGGCUUUGUAUCUUGUCGACUAUAACCGUCGCAGUAUUUUUAUGCAGUUUAUUGAAAAUGCUGUGACGCUAAAAACUUUCAUUGAUCAAUACGUGACAGGAAAGACCGACGUUAAUAAUUUGAUAGACAGUAUUACAAGUGCACUCGGUCAAACCAUUACCAAACUCCAUACUAAAAAUAUAGUUCACGGAGAUUUAACGACGUCCAAUAUCCUUUUCAAGAAUCCAGAGGAUAAAGUGAAUAUUAAAUCUGGUGCUGAUUUUGUAGAUAAACUAAUAGUUAUUGAUUUUGGUUUAGCCAAAGUUGAUGCAACAGCUGAGGAUGCUGCUGUUGAUUUAUACGUUUUAGAAAGAUCCUUAACCAGUGCGCACGCACAACUACCCGAAUUAUUCAAUCUCAUUUACAAAAGUUACCAAAAGUUUUUCAAAAAUAAUUCUAGAUUGAAAGAAAUCAUAAUUAAGUAUGAAGACGUCAAAGCGCGCGGACGUAAACGUACAAUGGUUGGGUAA